UCUUCAACCACGAUUGAUCUUGACUCUACACGUAAGCUGUGACCGGUUGUGAGUGCCUAUACUCCAAUCCAGAUCCUUACUGGACUCAUGCGCUUUUAUGGUUUGACUGCGUAGUCACCGCGCCAUACCCAAUCAUUGGUAUCGCAUAUCGACACUUCUGGUGACGCUCUCGGUGAGCUAACCUGACCUUGAAAUCGAGUGGUGUCUCAUAAUAUCCGGUCAGCAUGUCUUGAGCAGCUCCAGUAACAUACUUGCAAAUCCAUGAUUUGUCACUUAUCCUGAUCUCUUACUAUCAACGUGCGAGUACUCUAAUCUGUCUUUCUAACCAAGCCCCGACCUUUUUAGUUGCUGUCUUCAAUUGGGCCGAUAUUCAUAUGAGCCCUCACAGCGAUUGUGCACCUUGUAGGACUUUACUUGCGCUUUUUGAGGCUAUCCCCAUCACCAAAAAUGCGUCUCUUCCUAUAUUCUGCGACCCGACUUGUGAGGAGGAUUGAUGAUCUCUUCAUUUGUUCAUUGUCGCCACUUUGGAGAGGGAAGACAAAAUGUUCCACGUCGCAAUCAACGAACAAGCACGAAAGUCCCUUCCUCUAGGCAGCCAUCUGACUGUCGCAUUCUGUUGCCGUCCUGCCCGGUUUGGACACUUCCCCUGACGAUAAGAAUCACUCUUUCAAGAAUUGCCAAAUCAUAUUGAAGCCUAAUGUUAAGCCCAGCAAGGAUUUCCGUCGGCUUGUGUAGCUACGUAAGCAUGAGAUUGUCCAUCUACAUCAACCCCGCGCUGACUGUCGCUCCAAGGGCGUCAAUUCUCCCCUCCUCUUUGAUCAAGUACAUGAAGUAAAACCACCUUAUAGCACGAGUGAGUGUAACACUUCAAUCGACAUGCAAAUAUCGUUACUUACAAGUAAUAACACACAAUUCAAACAGACAACUGAGCUUUCAUCAUGUCAUCCCCUACAAUCACUCUCUACUACAGACCCGGCUCAUGCUCCCUCGUAGCCCACGCGCUCCUCUACCACCUCGACAUCCCCUUCAAGACCGUCAAAUUGAGACCCAAUGCCGACAAACGAUUCGAGGCCGCAGACGGCAGCUUCACGCACGAGGACUACUGCAAAAUAAACCCCUCAGGCUACGUUCCGGCCCUCGUCCUCGACAGCGGGGAAGUCAUCACGGAGCUCCCGGCCGUCCUGACCUACAUCGCGUGCAUCGCCCCGCCCGAGCAAACCGAAAAGUUCCUGGGCUCCAGUGCCCUCAACCGCGCAAAGGUGAAUGAGUGGACUAAUUGGCUGAGCGGGACGUUCCUCGGCGCAAGUCUCGCGGCGUGUGCGAGGCCGUACCGGUUUACUGAUGGAGAGGAGGCUCGCAAGGCGGUCGCGGAGAAGGGGUGGGAACAUAUCUUGGAGUGCUUUGAAAGGAUCGAGUCCAGGCUGGAAGGGCGUGAAUGGGCUGUAGGCGACGACUUGACGGUGGUCGACAUGUAUAUGUACUAUUUCCGACGGUCGGCAGUGUACAUGACCGACUUGGGCGAGUAUCCCAACUUUGAGCGCUUGCAGAAGAAGGUGGAGAAGUUGGCUGGUAUUCAGAAGGUGUUGGAAGUGGAAGAGCUUAAGCCAGUCUUCGAGUGAAGGAUUCAUCUCGAUGAUACAUUUCAAUGUCACAAAGAAUAACUUUCAAUGUGUUAGCUGCCCUACGAAUGUGGACAGAUAUUGGGUCAAACAACUUCAACAUGCUCAGCAUCCUUCUUAUCCAUCACCCUUUCCUCACUCGUACUAUCUCUGGAGCUCAGCUGGGGUCUUUUUCUCCAGAUGAGCUUGUCUUUCAACGAAUCGUUUUCGAACAGCUCAUCCAUCUUCUCCAACGCAAGGC